AAUACUGCAGCGCCACCUACAGCUUCUUACGGUCCAGCCCUAAUUUCAGCCAGCGAAGCAGAUCCUCCAAUAUACAACCUCGCUACUGCAUCUACAUACGGAUCCUCCUCUCCAACUGCAGCGAGACGUCACACUAUAUCUCCACAAAUCAGACGUGUCAUUCUCGAAGGUCUGGUAGUUGGAGAGCGCCCAUCUACUGUGUCUUAAACAAUGCCAUGCUUCAAUCCAUUGCAAUGGCUGAGAGAGUCAAGGACGCUGGUCUUGGUGGUGGUCUUUGUAGCCCUCUUACUGGACAACAUGCUGCUCACUGUAGUGGUGCCUAUAAUCCCCAGUUUCCUGUACGCCACCGAGCUCAAGAGUGUGAACGAUUCUUUAACCCACAACACAACCUCAGCUCCUGGGCAGGCUGGUUACGAAGCCGCUACUUUCUCCUCUGUCAUCUCAUACUAUGACAACACAACAAUCAUCCUCACAGACGACACUGUCAACAGCACCAGCAGGGACUUUAGCAGGACUGUCAAUGGCUCUCUGCUGACAGAAGAGGGCUCAGCGGUCAGAGACAGAGACUGCGUAAAAAACAAUGACAUCCUCAUGGAGGAGAAUGUCCGGGUCGGGCUCCUGUUCGCCUCCAAAGCUUUAAUGCAGCUUGUUAUGAAUCCAUUUGUUGGACCUCUUACUAACAGGAUUGGAUACCACAUUCCGAUGUUUGCUGGCUUUGUGGUCAUGUUCCUAUCGACAAUAAUGUUUGCUUUCUCUGAAACCUACAUCUUGCUGUUCUUGGCACGAAUGCUUCAAGGAAUCGGCUCGUCCUUCUCAUCUGUUGCAGGUCUUGGCAUGCUGGCCAGUGUUUACACGGAUGACAAUGAAAGAGGGACGGCCAUGGGGAUUGCUCUGGGAGGACUGGCUCUGGGUGUGCUCUUUGGAGCCCCCUUUGGAAGUGUGAUGUACGAAUUUGUUGGGAAGAAAGCUCCCUUCCUGGUUCUGGCCUGCUUAGCGCUGAUGGAUGGAGCAUUGCAGCUUUCUAUACUUCAGCCUUCGAAGGUUUCUCCCGAGUCUGCACAGGGCCCGUCUUUAUUAACCCUGUUACGGGAUCCGUAUAUUCUCAUUACUGCAGGGUCCAUAUGCUUUGCCAACAUGGGGGUUGCAAUGUUGGAACCAACACUACCAAUAUGGAUGAUGCAGACCAUGUGCUCUCCAAACUGGCAGCUCGGUAUUGCUUUUCUCCCAGCGAGUAUAUCGUACCUCAUUGGCACAAACCUGUUUGCUAUACUUGCUAACAAAAUGGGAAGGUGGCUCUGCUCCAUGAUUGGCAUGUUGAUUGUGGGUGUUAGUCUCAUCUGUGUCCCCUUAGCAAAAGAUAUCUACGGACUCAUUGGUCCAAAUGGGGGUCUUGGUUUUGCAAUCGGUAUGGUGGACUCCUCAAUGAUGCCCAUUAUGGGAUAUCUGGUGGACCUUCGCCAUGCGUCUGUGUAUGGGAGUGUCUAUGCCAUUGCGGAUGUUGCCUUUUGCCUCGGAUUUGCAAUUGGUCCUUCCACUGGUGGAGCGAUUGUUAGAGCCAUAGGGUUUCCAAGCCUCAUGGUAAUAAUUGGGGUUAUUAAUAUAUUGUACGCACCCUUGUGCUGCUUCUUAAGGAACCCAACAGCAAGAGAAGAAAAAAUGGCAGUUCUGAACCAUGAGUGUCCCAUGCCCACCGAAAGCUACAGAACCCAGAAUACCUGCCACGGUUUUCCACUGAGUGGUGAGAGCUUUGAUGAGGAGAGCCAAGAGUGAUUUUUUGGAAGUUGUCCUUAACUCACCCCUCCCCCUGAAUAUUGUGUUCUAUUUUGUAUUUGUAGACCCUCCCCUCCCCCAAAGUUCCACCAUCACAAGACACAGUCAGUAUGCCCUCUAAGAUCUCUGCUUCAGAUCAUUAACAGAAGAAUGUACUCGAAACAUUUACCAAACCAGAAACCUAUUGUGGAAGGGUGGGGGGAUUCACUGACACGGGAGACACAAGAUUUUAUUUGUAAAAGAUUUAUUUAUUUUACUUCUUUAUUUUUUUUUUAUUUAGAUUAGCCCGCAGAGGGCGCUGUUGUCCAUGGUCUGGAUACUGCCGACAGUAAACCAGGACCACGGGGUUACCAACAUAGGUAUCCCAAUACGUGCACCUUCAAGUGCUCAAAAAUAAUAAUGAAAACAGAAGGCGAAAGAAAAAGGGAAAAUAAAACACAGUAAUAAAACUACAAACAAAAGUGCUGCUUAUGCAGUGCCCCCACUGCCGCUAAUCCGGUCAGCAUGGGUCUCCGUCCUACACUCAGCUGUGCUAUACACUGGGGUUGGCCAGGGUUCCCCGUACCUCUACACACGUCCCCUCGGGUACGUAUUUAUCUAUAUUGCUCUGUGAAAAUUAGUUUUUUUUUUUUUUUUAUGAAAGGCUAGUGCCUAGUGGCACAUCUAGUAAAAGCACUCGCGUAGAGUGCUGGAUGCGCCCUGUCACGAAAUCCGCGUGUUCAGAUUCUUUUACGUACUCUUUUGAAUUGCUCAGCACACACUCUUAUCUCAGGGGAGACGUUAGGAGGACAGAGAUGUUAUUACUCCUAGUGGGAUAUAGUUCGUGCUCUGGACCCGCAGUAUAUCCAGAUGACUAAUAUAGAACUCAAGAAAUUGACAGACUCAUGUAUUUAAAGUUUUUUACGAAUCGGAGUAUGAUUAGUACUCGUUCGGUUUAUUAACGGUUAAAUAUUGGAUAGAGUAGCUACAGGCUAUGUCGUAUCCCCAGCUGAAAGACACACUGGGCAGUCCAGUGUCUUAACAGAUAUCAACGUUAACACUUUAAUACAUGUAUAUAUGUGUUAAUCAAGGCUGACAAGCAGGCCAAGAAUACGUCACCUAAAGUACCCAAUGGUCUAUUUCAGCACAUUCAACAAAACUGUGAGUCCCUUAUGGCAAUACAUGUGAGAUAAAAAUAAUAAUAAUAAUUGCUUAAUGCUUACCCUUUAAUAUAAAUUGUAAAAGGAUAUGGCUGUCUUCACCAGGCAAAUGAAACUGAAUUCAAUCAGCUCAAUUGUGUCGGUUUGCAAAAGAUGGACCACCUUGCCCUGUCUGGGAUGAGUGUGGUACCCAUUGAAAUUACUCUGGAGUUUUAUAGGUUUUUCAUCUCAUUGGAAUACAUGGGAUGCCUCAAUUAAAUCCAAUCAUUAAUCAGGUGGGACAGUUAUUAUCCAUUUUACAAAUAAUAGUUUUCAAAAGAUCCGGACUAACUUUUCAGAAUUAAUAGGGGUCAUGUACUCAAUAAAUUCAAAACUUCACACUUGUUGCAACUCUUGUGAUCUCAUUUCUUUGCUUUCCUCCAAGCCCCUCCUUUAUCUGAAAAGUUAAGUGAACCAAGGUUCCCAGGAUCUUGGUUUAUAAUAUAAUAUAAAAACACUACUGCAUGCAAAACACUAAUUUUAUAUGUGUUAUAUAUGAGAGAUGUUCUUAAUAUGUGACAUCAUCUUCUAAGUGAUUAUAUUAUGCUAAAUUAAAGGUAUGUGUUUCUUUUAACUUCAUAUUGUUUCAUCAUUUUGUUAAUGAGUCAGUUUUGAUUCC